AUGGGGUCUCAAACUCGCGGCCUGUGGGCCUUUGCGGCCCUCGUUGGAGUCAUUCGCUGUCCAGUUUGCAGCCAAGAAUGUGCAGAGAGACACAUUAUAGAUAAUUUUUUUGUGAAAGACACUACUGAGGUUCCCAGUAGUACAGUAGAAAAGUCUAAUCAGGUGUGUACAAGCUGUGAAGACAAUUCAGAAGCUAAUGGAUUUUGUGUAGAGUGUGUUGAGUGGCUCUGCAAGACCUGUAUUAGAGCUCAUCAAAGGGUGAAAUUCACAAAAGACCAUACUGUAAGACAGAAGGAAGAAGUGUCUCCAGAGGCAGUUGGUGUGACCAGUCAGAGACCAGUGUUUUGUCCUUUUCAUAAAAAGGAGCAACUGAAACUUUACUGUGAAACAUGUGACAAACUGACAUGUCGGGAUUGUCAGUUAUUAGAACAUAAAGAGCACAGAUACCAAUUUAUAGAAGAAGCUUUUCAAAAUCAGAAAGUAAUCAUAGAUACACUAAUCACCAAAUUGAUGGAAAAAACAAAGUAUAUAAAAUUCACAGGAAAUCAAAUCCAAAACAGGAUACUUGAAGUAAAUCAAAAUCAAAAGCAGGUGGAACAAGAUAUUAAAGUUGCUAUAUUUACAUUGAUGGUAGAAAUAAAUAAAAAAGGUAAAGCUCUACUACACCAGCUUGAGAGCCUUGCAAAGGACCAUCGCACAAAACUUAUGCAACAACAACAAGAAGUAGCUGGACUUUCUAAACAGUUGGAACAUGUCAUGCAUUUUUCUAAAUGGGCUGUUUCCAGUGGCAGCAGUACAGCAUUACUGUAUAGCAAGAGGCUGAUUACAUACCGGUUACGGUACCUACUUCGAGCAAGGUGUGAUGCUUCCCCAGUGACCAACAAUACCAUCCAGUUUCACUGUGAUCCUAGUUUCUGGGCUCAAAAUAUUCUCAAUUUAGGUUCUUUAGUAAUUGAAGAUAAAGAGAGUCAGCCACAAAUGCCUAAGCAGAAUCCUGUCGUGGAACAGAAUUCACAGCCACCAGGUGGUUUAUCUUCAAACCAGUUAUCCAAGUUCCCAACACAGAUCAGCCUAGCUCAAUUACGACUCCAGCAUAUGCAGCAACAGGUAAUGGCUCAGAGGCAACAGGUGCAACGGAGGCCAGCACCUGUGGGUUUACCAAACCCUAGAAUGCAGGGGCCCAUCCAGCAACCUUCCAUCUCUCAUCAGCAACCCCCUCCACGUUUGAUAAAUUUUCAAAAUCACAACCCCAAACCCAAUGGACCAGUUCUUCCUUCUCAUCCUCAACAACUGAGAUUUCCACCAAGCCAGAAUAUGCCACGACAAACAGUAAAGCCCAACCCCUUACAAAUGGCUUUCUUGGCUCAACAAGCCAUAAAACAGUGGCAGAUCAGCAGUGGGCAUGCUGCCCCAUCAACUGCCAGUAGCACAUCCUCUACUCCUUCCAGUCCCACCAUCACUAGUGCAGCUGGAUAUGAUGGGAAGGCUUUUGGGUCACCUAUGAUUGACUUGAGCUCACCAGUGGGAGGUCCUUAUAACCUUCCCUCUCUUCCAGAUAUUGACUGUUCAAGUACAAUUAUGCUGGACAAUAUUGUGCGAAAAGAUACUAGUAUAGAUCAUGGACAGCCAAGACCACCAUCAAACAGAACGGUCCAGUCACCAAAUUCAUCGGUACCAUCUCCAGGUCUUGCAGGUCCUGUUACAAUGACUAGUGUCCACCCACCAAUACGGUCCCCUAGUGCCUCCAGUGUUGGUAGCCGAGGAAGUUCUGGCUCUUCCAGCAAACCAACAGGAGCUGAUUCCACACACAAAGUCCCAGUAGUCAUGUUGGAACCAAUUCGAAUAAAACAGGAAAACAGUGGGCCUCCUGAAAAUUAUGAUUUUCCUGUUGUUAUAGUGAAACAAGAAUCAGAUGAAGAAUCUAGACCUCAAAAUACCAACUAUCCAAGAAGCAUACUUACCUCCCUCCUCCUAAAUAGUAAUCAGAACUCAACUUCUGAAGAGUCAGUCCCAAGAUCAGAUGCUCCUGAUAGCACAGGAGAUCAACCUGGACUUCAGCAGGAAAAUCCUUCAAAUGGAAAACCUGAGUGGCUGGAUGCCUCUCAGAAGUCGCCACUUCACGGAGAGACGAGGAAAGAGGAUGAUCCCAACGAGGACUGGUGUGCAGUUUGUCAGAAUGGAGGGGAACUCCUGUGCUGUGAAAAGUGUCCCAAAGUAUUCCAUCUAUCCUGUCAUGUGCCCACUUUGGCAAACUUUCCAAGUGGAGAGUGGAUUUGCACUUUUUGUCGAGACUUAUCUAAACCAGAAGUUGAAUAUGAUUGUGAUGCUCCUAGUCACAGCUCAGAAAAAAGGAAAAAUGAAGGUCUUACUAAAUUAACACCAAUAGAUAAAAGGAAGUGUGAGCGCCUACUUUUAUUUCUUUAUUGUCAUGAAAUGAGCCUGGCUUUUCAAGACCCAGUUCCUCUAACUGUGCCUGAUUACUACAAAAUAAUUAAAAAUCCAAUGGACUUGUCAGCCAUCAAGAAAAGAUUACAUGAAGAUUGUUCCAUAUAUACAAAGCCUGAAGAUUUUGUUGCUGAUUUUAGAUUGAUCUUUCGAAACUGUGCUGAAUUCAAUGAGCCUGAUUCUGAAGUAGCCAAUGCUGGUAUAAAACUUGAAAGCUAUUUUGAAGAACUUCUAAAGAACCUAUAUCCAGAAAAAAGGUUUCCUAAACUAGAAUUCAGAAAUGAAUCAGAAGAUAAUAAAUUUAGUGAUGACUCAGAUGAUGACUUUGUACAGCCCCGGAAGAAACGCCUUAAAAGCAUAGAAGACCGCCAGUUGCUUAAAUAGGCAUCUCUGUUGGGUUGUUUUGCUUUUAGAUAUUUUGAUUUGUUAAAAAAAAAAAAAUCUUGUCAGUAAUUUAACAUCUUUACAAAGAAGAGUCUGAAACUACUCUGAUCUGUUUUUGGUGUUUUACUAGAUUUUUUUUAUUUCCUUAACUACCAUUUCUUUUCACCAUUUUUAUUAAAAGUUUAAAAAGGAAAGGAACGAAGGGAAUUGAUAAAUUGUCAACAGCAAAAUAAAAAAGCAUUCUUAUUCUCAGUU